AUGCCCUCGACCGUAGUGCCGGAUUUUCUCCAGGACUUGCAUACUCCAGUAGCGGUAUCUGACGGUCAGAUCAAAAGAAUCGCCAUCAUUGGCGGAGGAGCUUCGGGCGCUAUAGCCUUGGACACUUUGGUCAAGGAACGGAAGUUUGACGAGAUCGUGCUUUUCGAAAGAAGAGACACGUACGGCGGUAUCUGGGUGCUUGACGAAAGUCCCAAUGCAGCCCAUGAGCUAAUCAAGGCUGGAGCUCUGGCAGAGGUGCUUGAUCCACCGUUGCAGAAUCCUUUCAACGAGGAGCCACUCGGGAGUGCCAAAAUACGCCGUUUUUCCGAAAACCAGGAGCGUUUUGUCCACACGCCCUGCUACAACGGCAUGCUCACCAACAUCAUCGAGAACAUGAUGACGUACAGCGACGAAAAGGCGUGGUUGCCGGGCCAACAGAAGAAGUAUGCGGACCGGGGCGACGUCAGAAACUAUAUCGACCGGUACAUCGGCCGCCAUCUGCAGAAUUCCACCGUCAAACUCGUCACCAAUACCGCAGUGGAGGAUGUGCAACGAGUUUUGAACCAAGACAAGCAGAUCCCGUACGAGUUUUUGCUCACCUUGCGCCAUCUGCUCCAGGACAGCACCGAGGAGUGGUACCAGGAGAAAUUCGAUGCUGUGGUGGUCGCCACGGGGCACUACCAUGUACCGUUUAUUCCAGCCACACCGGGUCUUGAAAAAGUGCAAGAACAGUGGCCCAGCGUCGUCCAGCACGCCAAAUACUACCGUAACCUGGCGCCUUAUAAAGACAAAACGGUCGUGGUGGUGGGUGCCAGAGCGCUGGGUGCCGACUUGACGAAAUACGCUGCAGACACCGCUUCCAAGGUGUACCAGCUGAUUCGAGAAGUAACGUUGCAGCAGCGCAAGACGAGGCGGCCCAAUGUGGAGAUCAAGCCGGGAAUCCGUGGAAUUGAGCUCAAGGACGGCGGUUUUGCCGUGGUUUUCGAGGACGGCUCCGAGGUGCAAAACCCAGACCACAUCGUCUACGCCACAGGGUACCAGUUCCUGUUUCCCUUCCUCCGGCGGGAGUACGGCGACAUUGCCCGCAACGGCUUGGUUUUGCCCUCAUUGUACCAGCACACUUUUUUCAUCAACGAGCCGCUUUUGGUCAUUUUGGGUGUACCCACCGACGCCAUUUCGUUCCGGGCUUUCGAGUACCAGGCUAUUUUGGCCGCCCGGUACCUUGCCAGCAGAGUCAGCUUGCCUGAAAGAAAACAACAGCUUUUGUGGGCGGAAAAACGGCUCCAGGAGAAAGGAGAACGCAGAGCAUACCACACAAUCGGAGCCUCUGAUGCUCUUGAGUAUAUGAGAACUCUCACGGCUUUGGGAGCGUUGAAAGGGCAGGAGCCCGUGGGAAGGGAGUUUCCGGAAAUCACCGAGGCGGAAGUCCAGGAGUAUGCUGAAGCAGGGGCCAAGCUCAGGGAAGCGUGGGACAUGCCCCGGGGUUAG